AUGAACCGAAGCACUAUUAGUGAAUUUUCAUCAAGUAAAAAAGUUGAUCUAGUCGAAGUUGUUUCCCCAACGAAACCUAGCAACAGCAAUUUUAAGGCGUAUUCCAAAAAAUAUUCUUCUCAUCGUUCAAAUAAAAGUUUGGGUGCAGAAGAAAUCAGAGCUCUUUUAAGAAAAGAGCAAGCCAAAGAAAAAACAAAGUGACAAAAUAACAAAGAAUCUCGCGAUGUUUCAUAUCUCAAAGAUAGAUUAAAACCUGCAAAUUUUCCACUUUUACCACCUUUACCUACAGAUAUUGAUCAUCUUAAAAAACUAUUAGAGUCAAGUACAAAUGACUUAUAUUAUAUCUCCCCAAAAACCAGAGCUGUUUGCAAAAGAGAAAAUUGUGUAGAUUUUACGUUGGAAAAAAUCCAUAGUCUUAAAAAGACAAGAUCAAAUCGAACAUUGUCGUUUGGGUCAAUUGAAAAUAGCCCAGUUUCUUCUCCAACUGCUCAUGAUUCAAUUGAAAUUGGCUUUGCUGGGAUUCCAAGCGGGAGGCAAGAAAUAGACCAUUUGAGAAAAUGAUUCAGCUUUAUGGUUGGAAAGUAUUCAAAUACUGAUGAUAUUCAAGCAUUGGAAGCCAUUUAUGUUCUAUGUGGAAGGGAGCUGGUAAGACAAGUUACAGUCCAUUGCGCCGAAAGAGGAGAGCUACUGAGAGAUCUAUUUGCAAGAUUUGAUGAAUUUUCAAAAAUAAAAGAGGCAAAAAUAAAUGAAAAAAUCACUGAGCUUAAUAAAAAGGCAAAAAAUGAAUUACAACAAGUGAAGAAACUUCAUGGAGAAGUCAUUGAAGAAUACAAAGGAAAAAUCGAAGAGUUGAAUAAGAAAAUUAAAAAGAAAAAAGAAAGUAAGACGAAGUUAAAAGAAGAUAUUAUUGUACUGAGAGUGAAACUUAAAGAUGCUGCAAGAAUGCAUGAGCAAGAGCAAACUUAUAGUAAGGUUUUGAGAGAAUAUGCCAUGACACCAAAUAGAGAAGUUCGAGAUAAAAAAGGGAGUAGACUAGAAAAAGUGAUUUCGACUGUUAUGUGGAAGAAAAAAAUUGAUAGAAUUGAUAAAACAGUUCCUCCAGACUCUAGUUUUUUGCUGCCACCUGAUUCUCCAUUUGUAAACAAUAGUGAUCAAAGUGUUGAAUCUAAUCCUGAACCAAGCCAUAGUGGCACUGACUCUAAUCCUGAGCCAAACCGUAUGGACUCUAAUCCUGAAUGGAGCCAUAGUGAGGAGUUGAAGAACAGAGAUGAAACAUUUGUCACUAAAUCAUCUAAAAGUGUGCUCGAAAAAGGAACACAGACUGAUAUGGUUGAAAUCAAUCACAUAGUUAAUCAUGCUAAUGAAAAUAUAAAUGAAGAAUAUAUGCAGAAGAUGCAAGAAAGCUCAUCAAUUGCAAUCAUAAGAGAAAAUUUUAUUGAGAAUGAUUAUGAAAAAAAUAAAAUUGAGUCAACAAAGGAAGAAUUAAAAACAAAUAGCACUAAUUAUCAAAAUGAAGAUAAGCCCGAAAUAAAAGCAAAUCUUAAAUUGAAUAUAAAUAAUUCUGUUACAAAAGAAAUUAAUGCAGAACAAAUGGACGCAGCAGAUAAAAAUGUAAAUAUAACGAAAUCUAGAUAUUUUGGAAGCUCUCACAACAAAAUUAGUAAUCCUAAUUUCAGCAGUACAGGAUUUUUAAGUGAUUACUCAAACAGCAAGAAUGCAUAUGACGAAACAAAUACUAAACUAAUAAAAGAAAUGGUUGAAUUAGGGUCUCCAGUAAAUAAGGAUUCUCAACUAAUGGAUGAAGAUUUGAGCGAUAUUGAAGCUCCUCAUAAUCUCUAUAGUGCAACUAAUGGAGAAAUCAGUAUUAUCCUUACAGAAGCAAUCGGCUCUUCCGAAGCAAAAAAAAUUGAUAGAAAACCCCCUGAAGAAUUGACUCAAAAUGACUCAUUUUUGUCACCUCUCAAUUUGAAAGAUUCUUCAGAUAAGCACAGCUCACUGAAAGAAAACAACAGAAAAAAGUCCAAAACAAUUCCUAACUCCGAAGUUAGAGAAGAGCCAAGCAAUUUUGCCGAGUUUCAAAUCUUAAUAGAUUCAAGCAGCCAAGAGCUCAAGUCAGUUAAAGAAGAAAUUAAAAAGCACAUGGACAUGCUCAACGAUAUUAAAAAACAAAUCCAAUCCAAACAAAAAAUGCUCAACAAGCUUAUUUACCAAAAAAAUACUAAUGAAGAUUCUCCAGGAGUUUUCAUGAGAAAUAAAUCGCUGAAAGAUCGAACCUCUCUUGAAGCUGGCCAGAUUAAUCUAAAUGAUAAUCACUCUAUUGCGAAACUAAUACCUGCAGACGCAAAUGUGGACUCUUGAAAAGAAGGGUUCCAGGCUGGACUUGAAAAAGGGAAAUCUAUGGGCUUUGCUGAAGGUGAGGAUUUUGGGAUUGAAGAAGGUAAAAUGGAAGGCUAUAUUCAAGCAAUUUAUGAAAAAGAUGCUAUGAAAACUGUUGAUUUAAAUGAUGAAGACUCGUCUGACGAGUCAGUGCAUGAAGAAAGUAAAAUCGAUUUGUCUGAUUAUACAGCUACAUUUGCACGUGACAGCUUUGAAGCGGAUUCCCCUCGAAUUUUCAAAAAAACUUCUAGAAAACUUACAGGGUGACCCGGAAUUUAGUACGCUGUACUAAAUUCCGUACUUUUUUUUACCGUCAAAAUGACUGAGAAAAAAAAUGUGCUUUUUUUUUACGGAAAAAAAUACAUCAUAAAAUUUUGUACUUUUUCUAGGAUGGGGUAAAAUAGUACAUAGGUUUUAGAAAACCAUCAAAACGGGGGUAAAAAAGUACACAUGGCAAAACCUCGUUAAUAGAGGCAGGUACAAAUAAGCUAAGAAAAUAGAAUAAUUAAAUUAAAUAAAAGUGUAUAAUGUUGUAUAUUUUAUUAAAUAUAAUAAUAAAUAUGAAUAGAUUAAAAGAGCUGUGCAGUGUCUUAGACAAUAUAUAUUUUUUUUUUUGAUUGUAUUUUUUUUUUAAAAAAAAUAUUAGUAAAAAAGUUCACUAUAAUUUUUGUAUAUAUUGUAUCGAUAGCGAUCUAUUAUUCAAAAUCAUUCAUAAUAAGACUAAAGUAUUAUAAUCGCGAAGUAAUAUCUAAUAGCAUGAUUAAAUGUUUAAAGGCAUGCACGGAAUGCAUAGCUACAGUUUAUUUUAAAAAACUUAAAAACUUACGUAAAAAAGUACAAAAAUUUUUUGUACUAAAAAUUCCAGUAAAAAAGUACAUGUACUUUUUUUUGUACUAAAAAUUUCAGUAAAAAAGUACAUGCAUUUUUUUUUUAUACGGAAAAAAGUACAUGCAUUUUUUUUUUAUACGGAAAAAAGUACAUGCUUAAAAAAAUCAAUUAAAAAAAAAGUACCUAUUAAAAAUUAAUAAAUUAUGGAAAAAUAAUUUAAAUAAUAUUUAAAUAAAACAUAUGAGAACGCAUUUUCUAUGUUCUACUGUAUAUGAUUUAACAUCACAAUUAGCCAAUACUACUGAAAAAUACUACUGAAGAAUACUACUAUAAAAAACACUUCCUUAAAUUUUUUAAAUCUAUAAUAAAAUAAAUAUAUGCAGAGUGAAAAAUUAGAACAAAUUGAAGCAGAAGAUUCAUCAAGUAGUUCAUUAGGAGCAGCUUACUUACGUGAUAAAUUUGAAGCUUCUGAAGAUGAAAUUUCUUCUGAGAAUUGAAGUGAAAUAUACGAAUUGAAUAGAAAAGAUAAUACGCCUCCAAUUGGAUCAAUAUCCAAAAUCUCAUUGAUCAAAUCAAAUUACACCAUUGAAUUUAUUUAGGGCCAUUUUUUCAAAGAAGAAUUUAUUAUUGAAAUAAUCAAGAAGUGAAUGUUUAUGCAGAAGCUCUUUCAAAAAAGUCAAAAAGUAUAUGGUGUCAGUAACUGCUCAAGAACUUGAAAAAUGGAUUGGGAUAUAGUUAUGAUGGAUCUAAUAAAAGCUCCCAAGCAUAAGGAUUAUUGAUCUAUAGUCCCUCUUUGCAAAAUUUGGUAAUAUCUGAGUCAUAAAAUCUAGGAGAUUCCAAGACAUAAGUCGUAUACUAAAUAUAUUUUACAAUUUAGAAAUAUUCAGCGCCAACUAUUCUAUUGACAAUUAUUAUGGAAAUAGAGUUUCGCAUAAACUAAUUAAAAAUCUCCCAGAAAAUCCGCAGAGAUAUUAUAGAAGUUUCCUAUGUUUGGCGCUGUAAGGCCGAUAAAUUCUGAUCGGAAUUUAUCGGUAGGUUGCACCAAAUCAAUGCCUUGGUCGGACCAAAAAGCGAUUGGUCCGACGAACUUGGAAAGCACCUGGGAAAAUGUCUGCGCUUUUAGCGCUAUAUAGAGGAAACCUCUAUAUUAUUUUUUUGACGCUGGUAUUCAAGCAUUGAACUCUUCACUUCUAUCUUCAGCCUUAGUUUUGCUGCAACUGACUCAAUUAAUAAAAGCAGAAAAGUCCUUCCUAUAGCUCAUAUUAGCAAAAAAUAAAAAAUGCAGGCUUGUUUAAGAAUCUCCAGAGGAAUGAAUUCAAAGUUUGCAUGUAGUUAUUACUGGGGAACUUCUGAAUCUGUAAUCAAACGAAGGAGGAGACUGAAUACUGCUGCUGCAAACGCAAGAAGCCACUUAAUCAAUAAAAAAUUACUUGUUUAAAAAUUUUUUACCAAGCAAGGGUUUAAGCGUAGUCCAAAUGAAUCAAAUGAAGCUGGAAUAAAGCUAAUAAAACGUAAUAGAUAAAUAAUAUUUAUGAACUCAUAUACAGUAGAACAUAGAAAAAUGCGUUCUCAUAUGUUUUAUUUAAAUAUUAUUUAAAUUAUUUUUCCAUAAUUUAUUAAUUUUUAAUAGGUACUUUUGUUUUAAUUGAUUUUUUUAAGCAUGUACUUUUUUCCGUAUAAAAAAAAAAUACAUGUACUUUUUUACUGAAAUUUUUUAGUACAAAAAAAAGUACAUGUACUUUUUUACUGGAAUUUUUAGUACAAAAAAAUUUUUGUACUUUUUUACGUAAGUUUUUAAGUUUUUUUUAAAAUAAACUGUAGCUAUGCAUUCCGUGCAUGCCUUUAAACAUUUAAUCAUGCUAUUAGAUAUUACUUCGCGAUUAUAAUACUUUAGUCUUAUUAUGAAUGAUUUUGAAUAAUAGAUCGUUAUCGAUACAAUAUAUACAAAAAUUAUAGUGAACUUUUUUACUAAUAUUUUUUUUUAAAAAAAAAAUACAAUCAAAAAAAAUAUAUAUUGUCUAAGACACUGCACAGCUCUUUUAAUCUAUUCAUAUUUAUUAUUAUAUUUAAUAAAAUAUACAACAUUAUACACUUUUAUUUAAUUUAAUUUAUUCUAUUUUCUUAGCUUAUUUGUACCUGCCUCUAUUAACGAGUUUUUUGCCAUGUGUACUUUUUUACCCCCGUUUUGAUGGUUUUCUAAAACCUAUGUACUAUUUUACCCCAUCCUAGAAAAAGUACAAAAAUUUUAUGAUGUAUUUUUUUCCGUAAAAAAAAAGCACAUUUUUUUUCUCAGUCAUUUUGACGGUAAAAAAAAGUACGGAAUUUAGUACAGCGUACUAAAUUCCGGACCACCCAAACUUACACAUGUGCCAUAUAAAAAAGACACUCUGCCACCAAAGAAAAAGGGCACUGAAAUAAUGGAAUUUAAUUUUCACAAAGCAGAAAUUGUGGCACAGAAAAAAAUAAAUCCUGCAAAUUCACUUUUAGAGACUAUCCUCAAGAAAAAGACUAGUAGGAUUAAGAAAUAUUCAACGAUGGGUUUAAAAAUGAUAAACAGGAUGAUAUCAACGAUUUACCAAAACGGGAUUCAAUUAUUAAAGGAAGAAACUGAAGAAUCACUGAGCAGCCUGGCUGAUCUUACAUAUGAUGAAAUUUUUCAAAGAUAUGGAGUCAAAGUGGCAGCUGAGAAGAAAUUUAGAGAUUUUAUAGCUUCGCUGUUUAACACAUCUACACACAAACGAUCUCUUAUGUAUAUUAAAUUCCUGAAUUGUGGGAAUAAAAUUGGUGCAACUAAUUACACAAGGCAGAGCUUGGUAAUGUACUUGAAAUGUCUUGAUUUUAUGUUGGCGUCGAAUAUAGGGAUAAUGUCAGGAUAUCUUGAUACAUCUGAAAUAAACAUGUUUCCUACGCUAAGAGCCAUUGAGUGCGCAAAAGAUAAGUUUGAUCCUAAGCAUUCAAUAUCAGCAAUGAUCAUACAGCAAAUUGAAACUAAAAGCAUUAUUGAUCCGAAAAGAAUAAAUCCAUAUGGCCUUAUCGAAUUAGAAGACUUUUUAGAAAUCGUGGUGGAAACUUAUGAAACUUAUCAAAGAAAAACUUUGGAAGGCGUGCAGAGUAGCUUUGAAGCUGUAGAUUACAAAUAUGACCAAGAGACGCCAAAUGUUUGAAAACAAAAUGAAGAUGCAUUAAUAUAA